AUGGCGGACGAAGUCGCAGCCGAUAGAACACCCGGUUUCAAGGUGGGGGAGAAGAAAACACUGGAUGAAUAUCACAAGCUAGACCAGGAGGAUGAUGCCUUGAACAGAUGGAAGGCAUCGCUAGGUCUUGCCACAGGCAACAGCAUUUCUGAUCCCAACGACCCACGUUUGUGCAUUAUCAAGUCUCUUGCCCUGGAAGUUGAAGGUCGACCAGAUAUCACUAUCGACCUGUCCCAGCAAGGUGCAUUGGAGAGCCUGAAGAACAAGCCUUUCAGCAUCAAAGAAGGCUCCAAGUACCAGAUGAAGGCUGUCUUUGUCGUCCAACACCAAGUUCUCUCUGGCUUGAAGUAUGUCCAGAAUCUAAAGCGCAAAGGCAUUCCCCUGGGCAAGGACCAAGAAAUGAUCGGUAGUUAUGCCCCGAACACUGUUGACAAACCGACGUACACGAAGAAAUUCGCUCCAGAGGAGGCGCCAUCUGGCAUGAUGGCUCGUGGCCAUUACGACGCUGUGUCUCGAUUUGUAGAUGAUGAUGAUACUACUCAUCUCAAGUUUGAGUGGUCUUUUGACAUUGCAAAGGACUGGAAGUGA